AUGGUUCACAAAAAGCUAACCCGCCAUUUCACCAAAAAACAUCAAUCGUUACAAAACAAACAAAUUGAUUAUUUUCGAAGACUAUUAGAUUCAAAAAAACUACAAUCAAAACAAUUUGUAAGAUCAGUGAAAAUUUCGGAUAAGGCACAGGAAGCUAGUUUUCGUAUCGCCCAAUUGAUAGCUCAAAAAAAAAAAAAAUCUCAUUUAAUUGCCGAGAGUCUUAUUAUGCCACCUUGUCGUAUUAUGGUAAAGACUAUGUUAAGAGUCGAAGCAGAAAAAGAAAUAAUUAAAAUACCAUUAUCUGAUAGUACAAUUAGUCGUAGGAUUAUAAAUAUAUCAGAGGAUAUUGAGGAGCAGGUUAUUGAAGUUAUAAAAAGUGGAGAAUUAUUUGCCUUGCAAGAUAAUGAAUCAACAGACAUAAGUGGGAAAGCUCAAUUAAUGGCAUUUAUUAGAUUUAUUUACCCGAUGAAUUUUGGUGUUCAAAAUUAG